AUGUCCAGUCUAGAUACGUAUUUAGAACAUCAGAAAAAACGACGUGUACAUCGCUGUGAUUUUGAUGGUUGUAAUAAAGUUUAUACUAAAAGUUCACAUUUAAAAGCUCACAGAAGAACUCAUACAGGUGAAAAACCAUACGUCUGUACUUGGGAAGGUUGUACAUGGAGGUUUGCUCGCUCUGACGAAUUAACACGACAUUACAGAAAACAUACUGGAGAUAAACCAUUUAAAUGUCAAGUCUGUGAUCGAGCGUUCUCCCGGUCAGACCAUUUGUCACUCCACAUGAAACGCCACUGA